AUGCACUCCUGAGCCCCUUGGGCAUGGGUCAAGGGAAAGCACACGUGGCCAGCUCCUCUGCUCCAGGGCCAGCGGGCACAUGGGGCACCUGCUCCUGCAGACUGCGUGUGACACAGCUGGAGCCACUGGCCUCACGUCCCAUGUCCCAGCCACCCUCUCCACCUCCACACCACCCUGGGAGUCUGUACCAAGCAGGAGAAGCACACGGUCCCUGCCAAACUGCCUGGGCCCCUGGUCACACCACAGCAUGGCUGAUGCUGUGCAGGAUGCUGGGAUGAGCCUUGAAGGGGAAUGAUGUGGACAAAGGACCUCCAUUGUGGAGGGCAGCCUCCCUGUCCUCCUUUGAGCUGUCUGAUGUUGUCCACCAGCCAGGAAGAAGCACAGCCAGUGACUACUUCCCACUGGUCCUGGAAGCCAGCUGACUUCCUGGCAGGGCUGGUGAUCCUGGCACAGCACAGGCCUGGCAGGGGGGAUUGAUGACUUUGCUUCCCCUCAUCCCAUUCACCUCCCCAGACACCACUUCACACAUCCAUGCCAUUCCUGUGCCAUCCUCAGACUGGCCCCCUGUGCCCCCCAAGCCAGCAAAGGAGGGAUCUGGGGACAGCCACACCCCCAGCCCAGCAUGGAUGGAGCCGUGGUGAGCUGGAGAGGACAAGGUCCCUGCCAUGCAGGGGUGACCCAGCCACCACAGAGCCUCAGCAGCACCGACCUGGAGACAUCAGGAUUGCCAAGAACUCAGCAGUCACAAGCAGCUUGGCCCUCGGCUUCGUCAAGAGGCAAAAUCAGGACAAGAGAAAGGAAAAAGUCAAAGUGGAGCAGCAGCAGCCAUGGGUGAAACCAAGGCGUGAGGCAGGGACACUGGCACGGGCUGACAGCGUGCCCAGAGCUCUGUGUGACAUGCCAUUCACCCUCUCAGAGGCUGGGCACUCCCCUGGGCACAGGUGGGAAGGUCUGACGGGAUCUGUGUCCCGGUGCCCCCCCCGGGAGGGGCCUCUGCCACAGCACACAGCCCAGGCUCCAGUGUUUGCUCUCCAGCCUCCGGGAGGGUGAUAACCACCCGCUCCCCAGCCACGGCUCCAGCUCACCAUGCUGAAAUUCAAGAGGUAUUUGAUCACGAAGCUGAGUGCAAUCUACAGGUGCCAGCCAGGUCGGCUCUGGAUCUCCUUCAGCCUCCUCGUCCUCCUCCUGGUCACACUUCAGGUUGUGGAGAAGCUGCAGCCUCCUGGGAGCUGCCAGUGUGAGCUGGAGCGUGGCCUGCAGCCGACCACGGGCCAGGGGCUCGCCUCUGCCCUCCACAGCCCCGAGCUGCUGUGGGAGGAUGACUCCCCUCAGGGGCAGAGGGAAGCUGAGCCAGCCCCUGCUUCCACCGAGGAUGCUUUCAGGAUGCAUCUGUACCUCAGACCGGAGACCCCUCCGGGAAGCAGCCAAGAGGAGCGCUGGAUGCAGCGGCCCGAGGAGAGCAGCGAGGAGGUGAGAGCCCAUCUGUCACCCGCAGAGCUGAAGCCCCGGCUUCCUGGCCUGGAAGAAGCAGCCAGAGAAAGUCCUUCUCCAAGCCUUCCCGGCAGGGCCGCGGCAGAUUUGGCAGAAGCUGUCACCAGCAAGUUCAUCAUCUUUGCAAACAGGCUGGGCACAGAGGAGCAGAGGGGAAUGGCCCUACCUGGAAUGGUGCAGGUGGAGGUACAGAGCCAGACUCAGCCUCGAGCUCUGAGUUCUCCCCACCCUGAGUGGGGCACCUCAUUCACACAGCCUGUCCCAAACUCAGCUCAACCUCUGCAGGCAGAGGAUUCUUACAAAACAGACCUGGAGACAGGAUUUUUCCCAAGCUGGACAGAAGCCUUUAAGGUCAAGGAGGUAACAGCUGGGGAAGGUCGGCAUGCCAGAGAAGUCACCUCUCAAGGGAAGACGUGCAAGCCCAAGACUGACCUUGUUUUCCUGAAAGUCCACAAGAGUGCCAGCAGCACUGUCAUGAACAUCCUGUUCCGCUUUGGGGAGACACACAACCUCACCUUCGCCUUCCCCCGAGGCGGGGGCUUCCAGCUCUACUACCCCCACCACUUCAUGGCCAAGUUUGUGCAGGGCUUCUCCCCUCUGAGCCCCCGGCGCUUCAACAUCCUCUGCCACCACAUGCGGUUCCUGCAGCCGGAGGUGCAGAAGGUGGUGCCCAGCUCUGCCAUCUACUUCUCCAUCCUGAGGAACCCCGUGCAGCUGAUGGAGUCCUCCUUCGUGUACUACAAGGGCGCGUCGGCCUUCUCGCGCGUCCGCAGCCUGGAGGAGUUCCUCAGCCAGCCCUACCGCUACUACAGCCCCGCCAGCGGCGACCGCCACUACGCCAGGAACCUCAUCACCUUCGAUUUCGGCUUCAACCCCGACGGAGACGUGUCCCCCGAGCGGGUGCAGCUCAUGCUCAAGGCCAUCGAGGCGUCCUUCGACUUCCUGCUCAUCUCCGAGUACUUCGACGAGUCCAUGGUGCUGCUGAAGGAGAUGCUGUGCUGGGACCUGGACAGCGUCGUCUCCUUCCCGCUCAACAGCAGGGACAGCAGCACCAAGUCCGCCCUCCCGGACUCCGUGGUGGAGAAGCUGAAGGCCUGGAACAGGCUGGACUGGGAAAUCUACUCGCACUUUAACAGGACAUUCUGGGAGAGGAUCGAGCGGGCCGUGGGGCGGGAGCGGCUGCGGCGGGAGGUGAGCGCGCUGCGGCGGCGGCGAGCGGAGCUGGCCGGGAUCUGCUUGCAGGGCACGGGCAGCGUGGGGCCCAAGGACAUCAGGGACUCCUCCCUGCGCCCGCUGCAGCACGGCGGGGCCAGGAUCCUGGGCUACAACCUCAAGCAGGGCUUGGGGCGGGAGCUGGAGCGGACCUGCCGGCGGCUGGUGACGCCGGAGCUGCAGUACAGCAGCCUCCUCUACAAGAAGCAGUUCCCCCCGGUGCCGCCCGGCACUGAGCCCCACUGACCCCCCAGCAUCCUUCAACAUCUGCUGAGCGCAGCGAGGCUCGGGGCUGCCCUGCCCGGCACAGCCCGGCCACCCCGGGCACCUCUCCGGGCGCUGCCGGGGGAUGGACAGGACCGGGCUGCAGCGGGGCUCCCGGGGGAUGGACAGGACUUUUCCAAGGGGAAAUCCCCCCCAGUCAGCAGCUGAAACCUCGGGACAGCACCGGCUCCAGCAGCAAGGAGCAGAUCCAGGAGGGCAGCCCAAAUCCUCAGCCCCGCAGCAGAGAUGGCGACAGAACAGGGCCAAGCUGUAAAUCAGAGCUGUGGGGUUUGAUUUGCAGCGUGGGAAUGAGUCUGUCUGUCUGCCUGUCUGUGCAGCUGCACCUCGCCCCUGCUCCAUUGAUGUUACUAUGCUGGAAAAGCAGCCUCUUAAUUAAAAAUAACAACAGUCA